AUGGACAAAUUACUAUAUGGGCUAAAUCGCGCUCAAAGACUUGCGGUGACUUCGCCCUCACUAGCACUACAGGUGCUGGCGCCUCCGGGAUCUGGCAAAACCAAAACACUAACUGCUCGGGUCUCCUAUCUGAUCGCUGAACGAGGACUGAAGCCAUGGAACAUUGUUGUCUGCACCUUCACCGUGAAAGCGGCACGGGAGAUGAAAGAACGAAUUAAAGACCUCGUUGGCGAUGGCUUGGAAAAGAAACUCAUCCUAGGUACCUUUCACUCGGUAGCUCGACGCUUUCUCGUGUCAUAUGGCAACCUGAUCGGCAUUGAGAAGAACUUCGGUAUUGCCGACAUGUCGGACAGCAGAGCCAUCAUAACUCGCAUCAUCAAACGCCAAGGCUUCUCUAUCGAACCCGGAAGCGCUGGAGCCAGGAUAUCAAGUCUUAAAGCCAAGAGCAUCAGUGCUGAGCAGUAUGGUGUCACUCGCAAAGCCGCCGAGCAAGAGUUCAGUAUUGUCUACGCUGAAUAUGAGGAAGCUCUGCGAACAUCCAAUUUGUUGGACUACGAUGACUUGUUGCUCCGUUGUGCUCUACUUCUUCGUCAACAUCCCGAGUGUGUCUCCAACAUCGAAGCCGUCCUCAUUGACGAAUUUCAAGACACGAACAGCGUACAGUUUGAGCUGAUGUGUCUGUUCUCUCAAUCCAAGAAGAACGUCACUAUCGUUGGCGAUCCCGAUCAGAGUAUCUAUGGUUGGCGAAACGCUGAGAUCAAGAACCUGGAACGCAUGGAGAAACGAUUCCCUGACACGGACGUAAUACAUCUGGAAGAGAACUACAGAUCAGCAGGAGCGAUCCUUCAGUCAGCUCAACAAGUCAUUGAGCAAGACGAGAGCAGACCUUCCAAGGCUCUCAAGCCCACGUUUGGCAUUGGAGACCGUCCGGUCCUUCGCAAACUUCCUACAGCUGACGCGGAAGCAAAAUGGCUCGUCUCUGAGAUCAGGAGAACACAGGCGCUGAGUGCAGAAUUGCUCAAGCCGAAUGAUUUUGCGAUUUUGCUCAGAUCAGCAGCUGUUUCUAGGCAUAUCGAGUCAGCACUCGGUAACUCUGGCAUACCAUAUCGCAUGGUCGGAGGAACCAAAUUCUUUGACCGUCUCGAGGUCAAGAUGGUGCUGGACUAUCUUCGCGUCAUCAACCAACCGGAUCACAACGAUGCAUUAUUACGGAUCAUCAACGUACCCACACGCGGCGUCGGCGAUGUCACGGUGAAAAGUUUGAUAGACGAAGCCGAGAAANAAGGUAGUACGCUGUGGAAGGUAGUCCUCAACAGUGUUCAAGGAAAAGCACGAUCAGACACAAAGCUCUCCAAUCAGGCACUGAAGGGCUUGACAGAUCUGGUUAACCUUGUUUUGACUGGACAGAAGAAAAUCACAGGCACGGGAGACCAACAAGCAUCUCCAUUUGAUCUGGUCGAAUAUCUUAUCAAGAAGCUGGAACUCUCCAAGUUCCUGCAAAAGAAGUAUCCUGAUGAUUAUGAGACUCGAUGGGCCAACAUUGAAGAACUCAAGGCACAGACAGCAGACUUGACAGCAGCUAUGGCACAAGGAGAGGAGUUUGUCGAGGAGGAAAUUCUCCCAGAUAUUGAGGGCUUGGAGCAGCGUCUCAUCAAUGCGAAUGAGGAUGCUUUGACCUUGUUCCUUGCCAAUAUCGCGCUUUCCAGCGAAGUGCAGAGGAAGCAGGACGAGAAUCCAGACGAGACUCAGCAGCAUGUCACCAUAUCGACGAUACAUGCAGCAAAAGGUCUCGAAUGGCCUGUCGUUUUCAUCCCUGCUUGCUACGAAGGCUCAAUACCACAUUCGAGAGCCGAUGACAUUGACGAAGAACGAAGACUGCUAUAUGUCGGUAUGACCAGAGCCCAAGCUUUGCUGUACUUGAGCUGUCCCAACAAGAACAGUCAAUCAGGAGAAACGACCAUGUCUCACUUUCUCACACAAAGAGGAAUAGAAGCAUUCUUCGAGACUCAAGGACCCAAGCUCUAUGACGAUGCAGUGGUCGAGCUGGCAAGAACGUUGAGAAGAGACAAGCCUGCUUUGAAGCAACUCAUCGAAGCACGCAGCACAUACGAGACUCCCGAAGACACCCAUUGGCCAGUGGAUGGCACUUUCCCCAAGAGCGAAAAUACAAGAUGGGACCAAGGACGCGAGAUUGAAUUUAAAGAAGGCAUCUACGCAAACAAGCGACGCAGGACGGAUACUGAGCAACAAAGCGGACCUACAGUGCCGGUAGCUGGAUUCAUGCCGGCCUCUAAAGUCACGACGCAGAACCCAGCAGGUUUCUCGACAGCUUCCAUGACGAUCCCGCCGAAGAUCAUGACAGCUACCUCUCGCAUGCAAGAGCUGAACAAUGCUCAGGAAGAAGCUAGACUCCGAGACAUCGACGCACGAAAAGCGCCAAUCAAGAAGAACAAAGCUGCCGAAGGGUCAGCCAACAUCAUGUCCUUCUUCAGCAAACCAAAACCUGCCAUCACAGCACCACAGUCGCUAGAGUUGACACGCACAUCCAGCGUCCCAGAAAUACAUGCACCACCCAAACUUCCAGCCUCCAUGCCUGGUCACGUCUCAAAUCCUCUUAACGACAUCUCAAACCUAUCCUCCUCACGCCCAUCAGCCCACCCACAGCACUCCGUCAUACCAUCAGCAAAAUCAGUUCAAAUCUCAAACUUCAAACUCCGCACCACACCCCUAGCAACAAAACCCACAUCCGUAAAGAGCAGCGACAAUGCACCCACAGCUUCAAAACCAUACACGUUUCUCUCCAGCCCUCCUCCCCCAGAACCGCCAUCUUCUCCGCCAGAAGAAGACAGAGUGGGAAGUGGUGCAGGUCAAGGACAAGUGAUGGAGAGUUUUAAACCGGCAACUACGUUUCAUGCAACCAGUGUUGCGCAAGUGGGCAAUAGAGUUGGCACUGCACGCAGACUGGGCAUGGGACGUAGUUUCAAGCCUUGGAGCGCUAGGGGCGGUCGAGGUGGUUAG